AUCAAUACUCCGUGCUCCAAAUUCAAAAUCGUUCUUUUGUAUCUUUAACUUCCAUACCCUCAAAGAGGCGUUGAUUAUUGGCCGGAUUUAGGCCAAAUCUGUCGAUCAAGGGCGUUGUUUGGCCUUUGUGGUGACAUUUCAAAGGUGCUACUAGGGCUUGGUCAAAAUUAGGUGUUCAAGGAUACCUGACAUUGUCUUUGGCUGCCUGCCAGAGGAAUUUAAAAAGCCGAGUUGGGCUCGGUCUUGUUUCAUCCACGUUUCGUUUCGUCGCUCGUGGUGUCCUGUGAGUCUCUCUCACAGGACUAGUUCACUGGCCUUUUACCAUAAUAGUCCAUUUAGCAUUUUAACUCUUUCACAAUGCACAACCAUGAAACAGCAGGAAUCGUACACAAAUUCACACCAGCGGCCUAAAGUGACCUAGAACGGCAUAGGUUUGUAAAGUUUACUAACCACAGUGAUUAUUUUCUUUAUAUUUGAUGCUACAUACCACACCACACAUGCAUGCAUCUUCAUAGUCAAGAUGCCUUCUACAACGUGUACUCAAUUCAAGUGUUAUGUGAUCUUCCGAUGUGCUUUGGGAUUGUUGGAUUUCAUCUUGGAUCUGAUCCAUGCAGUGUUCUUGUUCGUACAGUUACACCCUUUUUGGGCCACUCUCACCUUGAUCUUUUCGCUCACUGGAUUCAUAUUUGCGGCCUUUUCGGUCAAAGUUGGACAAUGGCAACGCGGCGAUGGCAUGUCCAAGCAAAAGUUCUUCCUCCUAUCCAUGAGGGCCUUGGCCACGAUCUUUGAAGGCUUGUUCGAAUCCGGACCUCAACUCAUUCUACAAGUCAACCUCAUACUUCAUGGCAUUCAUACGCAGGAUAUGAUUGUGAUAUUUGACGAACAUGCCCUCUGGUCUUGGCCGUGGUUCCGGGGGCUCAUCCAUAGCAUCAGCCUGGUCUCCAGUUUUGGAUCUCUAGUGGUUACCAUGUUGUUCUACAACGAAGAGCGAUGGGAUGCCAAUCGACCUGGCCUUUUCAUGUCAGCCUUGUUUGUGCACAUCUUCUGCUGUCUCUACAGAAUCAUUCUGGGCUCGGUCAUGUUUGCCAUUGCACCAUUUUACACGGCACUAAUGGCCCUGACGUUAUAUACUAUCCAUGUAAUGGUCUUCAAACUGAUGUCGGAUGGGUCCUGGGAAGCGAUAUUGUUCGCUUACGCCUCUUUAUACUCUCCUUCCGGGCAUACGAAGAGUGACCAAUGUCCCGAUGGAAUCAGGAUUCGAAGCUACAGCUAUGCCGGAGUUCGACCCAAAGAUCACAUGUCCAGCGACUUAGAGCGGGUAAAAAUCAACCAUGAAAGUCUGCUCAAACGUGUUCGAAACACCCACAUUGCAUUUUUUUUGGUGUCACUCCUCUUACUGAUACCUUACAUUCUUUUACUGGAGUUGUGCUUGUUCAAACCUCAGCCGUCCGUCAACUAUCAUUUUCAAGAUGUUGGGGAGGUGAUGUUCCUCACGCAAGAGAACACUAUAGUGCAAGCAUUUAGAAGCCGCCUCACUCUGUAUUUAACCCCACUUUUGCUCAUGGUGGUCUCAAUCCUGGGCCAAUUGUGGAACUUUAACCAAUGCAAGUUCACUUGCGAUGCCAUUCGCCAGUGGUGCGACUCUACUCCUGCCAGGUCUCGAUCCAAUAGUCGAUCCGGAACAUUCCAACGCGGCCGAAGUGCACCACCCUCUUUGAGCAGAGCCACGGCUCCCAAGCACCUGCCUCAUCCGCCCCAACAAACCGAUUUCUCUGAUACAGAGAGCCUGAACGGGGCAGGAGAUACCGCCACACUUCCUUUAAGACCCCCACCUUACAACCCCCACAUCUCACCACCCGUCAGUCCUAAAGCCACCAGCCAAGCUUUGCCCGUCAGUUUGCCACCGGGAUGUCGGAAGUGCGGUCGGAAGACGUGUAUCACUUGCGAAUUAUUCAUUGAAGGAAGUGUAUUCAAGUCCACCAUGACAGGAAAGGUCUACCGCUUCAUGACUAGUGUCACAUGUGACAGUCCCAACGUGGUUUAUUUGGUUACUUGUGGAAAAUGUAAAAAGCAAUAUGUGGGAAAGACCGAUCAGACCCUACGACAGAGGCAUUACGGACAUCGAAGGGAGAUUGAGUUACAAUCAACGCCCCUGGGCAAACAUUUUGCUCUGGACUGUGGAUAUAUUUUUUGGAGGAUGCAGAUUAUUGACCAAACCAUGGAUGAACUUGGACGCCGAGAAGGAUACUGGCAACACGAAUUGAUGACCCUUUUACCUUGGGGGCUCAAUACCCGCGACGAACUCAAUGGAGGAAUGGACAUAAGUGUAAAGAACCCUCGGCACUCGGCUGCAGUCUGAAAGUGCUCGAUUUCAGAUAUUACGCUUUCAAAUACAUACUUAGUAAUACUUAUAGGCUCUUAAAAUGUCAUAGAUCAUUUUUAACCGA